CUAUUGUCAUCUAGCUACACAAAACAUUAAACAAUUGCUCUUUUAGAUAUGAACGGGGAUUAACCGAAAUUUAAAAGCAAAUGUUAUUGAAGUUUAAAACAAUAAGAUUACACACAGUGUUCCAUGAAGUGAUAAGUUAAAACAGCACUAGAUAAUGAAUGCUUUGUAGAUUCUACCCACAUAAAAAAUGGCAUCAUUUUAGAUACGGUGGAAGUUGAAUUUCCGUAAUUUUAUUUAAUUUGUUGUUAAUACCGUGGUGAAAAUGGACGAGGGUGAGACGAAGACGUGCGAGAACUGCAAGCGCGAUAUCCCAGCAGUGAACUACACAAUUCACACCAUCCAUUGUGCUAGAAACAUCCGGAUGUGUCCGGUGUGCAAGGAGCCCUUCCCUCAUACAGAGUUGCAGGACCAUCAUGAGAAGAUGCACAAAUUGCUACCGUGCAAACAAUGCGGCGAGAGUGUCUGCGGGACAGACCUGGAGGACCACAUCAGGGACUCUUGCGCGCACACCAUGCAGACGUGCAAGUAUUGUGCCCUCGACCUCCGUCGCGGCGAGCUGCCGGCCCACGAGCGCUACUGCGGCGCGCGCACGGAGCAGUGCGAGCAGUGCGGCGAGUGGGUCAUGAUGCGAUAUCGGCAGCUGCACCUCGACUCCAACCACGGCUUCCUGCGGCUGGAUGACGAUCCACCACCCUUCAGAAAGGAUAAGCCCAACAAGAUAUUCAACGACUGGCCGAAACCCGCGAACGGGAUUAAGAAACCGGAUAUAAUCAAGGAUAUUAAUGUGCCGAGACCGACCGAGAUAAGAUACCUGCAGCCCGGUACUUCUAGUUCCAAUGGGACCAAGAAUCUGAAACCGGCGGAUGAAAUUAAACCGAGACCAGUGAAUGAAUUUAAUCAGAGACCAGGGAAUGAAAUUAAACAGAGACCAGUGAAUGAAAUUAAACAGAGACCAGUGAAUGAAAUUAAACAGAGACCAGUGAAUGAAAUGAAUCAGAGACCAGUGAAUGAAAUGAAACAGAGACCAGUGAAUGCUCUUAAAGAAACGAAUGUAGAACCCAGAGCAUCGAGUUCCAAUGGUGCGAUACCUCGGCCGAAAAGGACAAACGAUCAGCCGCAGAUCAAUACUAACGUGGCGCCUACAAACAAAGUUCAUAAGAAUAUGGCGAUGUCGCGCGGCGCCAUAAAGAAGCGUCCGGCGCCCGCGCCGCCGGCGGAGGCGCGCCGCGAGCUGCCGCUGCGCCGCGCGCUGCAGCGCCAGCAGGAGGAGCUGCGCGCGAUGCAGGAGAAGAACGCACACAACUUGGCCAACGGUCUCCCACCGGUAAUGAAUCCACUGGCGAAACUCGAGAAACUAAGGAAGAUGGACGCGCUACACAACCGGGAGAUAGACGACCAAAGCUACAAAAAUCGCCUCAACGGACGCAUCUGGAUGGCGCCAGACAUCCAGCCGUCCGGCCACGUGCUCGGUUCCGGUGAAAGUUCCAGGAAUCUCGAGCAGGACGUCAUAGACUUGGAAGUGGAGAGGAGGAAGAAAGAGUUCAAGAAUCUGAAGCCGAUGACGCCGGAGGAGUUUAUGGAGCGGUUCAAUGAGUUGCAGCUCAAAGAUCCGCGGGAGAGGAAGAAUGGCGACCGGUUCAGUCAGAUAAAGUCGUCGUUGAGGGAGCUGAGGCGGGGAUUGAAUGAGGUAACUGCUCCAUAUAAUGCGAAUAAUGCCAGCGCAGAUGUCAAUCACAACCGCAACUGCAGGUCCCCAGAAGAGGUGCGGCUACCGUGCGAGUUCUGCGGAGAGGCCGUGCCUCUUGACGAUCUGGUGCAGCAUCAGACGGGCUGCCGGCCGGACCUAGCUCGCUUGGCCCCACGGUCCCGCGGCGCGAGUCCAGUCCCGCAGCGGUGGGGCGGCGGCGGAGGCGAGGCGCAAGGGGCGCGGCCCCGCAGCGCGAGUCCGCCCGCUGAGCCCGUCAUACCGUGCGAGUUCUGCGCUAGAUCGCUGCCCGUUUAUCUAAUUAGCGAGCAUCAGGAACGCUGUGGACGUGAAUCAAAUCUACUGUUCGCUGAUUAAAAACCGUAUCGUAAUGCCAUAUCCCAUAUUUGAAGCUUAUUCUUAAUUUUAUAUAUGCAUGUAUUCGAAUUAAUCUGUGUAUUAAAUAAAACAAGAAAAAAUCUCAAAAUAUUUCGCUGGUACGAAAUGGGCCGGUUUUAGGGUAAUCAAUUUAAUUGGUGUAUGUCGUGUAAAAAAAAAGAUAUGGUAAUUUAUAGGACUUUGUUCGUGUCAGUAUAUUCCUCGAUAUAAUAUGUAAUCAGCUAAAGACUAUGUAUCUUCGUCGUUACCUUUUCAUUGAAAAAAAAAAAAACGGAAUUCGAAUUUUGAAACUUUAGCCAUCAUAAGUCAUAUACAUUAAUUAGAAAUAAUAUAACAUUUCAAUUUCAUAAUUCGAACUGUGUCUAUGUGUACAGCAGUGUUAAUCUUCUAUGUCGUGAGACCGUUAGUGAUUAUGGUGGUUUUAAGGCCGAGAAACGUUAAUAAAAAGAAAGGCAGGAUGUUUCACAUUUGACAUGUCUGUAAGGUUAUUUAAAAUAGAAGUAACGUAUUAAGUAAUCAUCACAAUAUCGAAACUAAGAGAAUCUCGUUGAAAGUUCCACUAUAAACGUUUAUAUGAGUAGGAGAAGAAAUAUCAUAUCUUUAUAUAGUAUCUUUACAAACUACUGCUGUGUUCUCUUUUUGUAUAUGUUUUUUACUAUACAUAGCUUAUAUUAUUAUUAUAGAUAUUAUUAGACUAUUUCAUUUCAAAACUGUGUUAAAUGCUCUAAGUAAUUUAUAUAUGUUAUUGUAUUUUAAUUGAAAUGAAGAAUUAAACGAAUUGAUCUUUUUACUGUUUAUGACAAAAAUGGAAAAAAUUGUUUUUAUUUUUGAUAUAUUGUGACAAUAAUGUUAGGAAAUCCUCUCUUCUAAGACUGUGUAUCUAUUUUUCUAUAAAACAAAUGAACAUAUAGGUAGGUGUUUACAAAAUUUUUAUAUUAGGCUAUUGACGUAAGCACGCUCAAAUUAAACUAUUUAUUCAAAAUGUGUCUAGUUUUCCAAAAUACAUUUACUUUCUCCCAUAGCUAUAUUUUCUUAUGAUAUCUUUUGUUUUUCAAAAACCUAUCUUCCAAUUGACUCGUUAAUAUGUGUAGGUAUAUUUAUAUGUUAUAUACAAAAAAUAUUUUCUAUCUUAUUAUUUCGGUGAAAUAUAAUGAAAAAAUACUGCAUAAUACAAAUAUUUCUACGUGCCAAGGGAAUUUAUUAUUGUAAUAUUUACUAUGUGUCUAAAUGGUAUUAAUCUGUGUGAAAUUGUACAUCAUCUAUGUUCGCGCCAAUAAUGUUAACAUAUCGUAUUAUACAGAUUAUAAAUUAUAUAAGAUUACAGAUAAUCAAUAUUUAGUCACGUUCUAUAUUCGUCAAUGUUAAUCUAAUUUAAUGCAUCACUAAGAUUUAAGAAUUAACUGCUUUUUAGUUGUGUAAAUAAAAAUGUUAUUUGCCUAUUUUAAUUUAUAAUUGUGAAAUGAUACUGUUUAAAAUGAAUGUCUAUUUUAUGAGCCAAUAAAGUGAAUAAACUAUUUA